CCUCGCGAGAGGACGGGAACUCGAGGUCUGGAGCAUGUGGGCUUUUGGCGUGGUAGGAACCUUGAGCGCUGGCUUCUCCUGAGGCGCAGCCAAGAUGCUCCGUGGAGUCCAGCGCUGGUGAGAGAACGGGACGCAGGUGUGGAAGACCAGGGAGGCAGAGGUCGCUCUGCUACAGGUCAGGUGCGCUCGCACUCAAGUUCUUGGUGCCUUAAAAUGGAUCCUGUCCGACCACGCUUCAGGGGCCUGUCUCCCGUGCACCCAUCUCAGUCUGUGCGGAUGCCAGGCUCUUGGCCACAAGCUCCAAAACCUAUGGACCCAGCUCUGAGCAGUGCAGUACCUGCAGGCAGGGGCCAUGUGUUUGGAAAGCAAAAGGAGCCGAGUCCACAGAGUGGGUCAGUGCAAAAGGAGUCUGUGGGUUUAGUCUCAAUGUUCCGAGGACUGGGGCUUGAAACAGCAUCCCAGACCCCUCCGAAACGGGAGAUGCCUCCUUUAGGUAGAGGCAUUUUAGGUCUAGGCUUAUCUUCCAGUAUGGCAUGCAAGGACAAAGAAGAACCCCAUCCCACUCUUCUGGAUCCUUCAUUGUUGGCAGCUGGGGAUAGCAAGAUGGCAGAGGCCUCCGUUGGUUGGAAUAGGAUGCUCGGAAGAGGGAAUUUGGAUGCAUCUUUGUUACCAGUGGGAAGAGCAGCUGGUUUAGGCAGAGGAAUAUACAAGGCUCCCGGUGCUCUCAGCCCGCCUUAUCAGGAUCCUGCCCAGCUCUCACCUCUGCCCGCUCUGCCCCAGGCCCCACUAUACUCUCUUGAUACCCCUCCACUUGGGACUGCAGAGCGCAAGAAAGAGCUUUUUGUGAAGCAAGGAUCAAAAGGAAUACCUCAGUCUUUGGGAUUGAACCUUAUCAAAAUACAGUGUCAUAAUGAAGCAGUUUAUCAAUAUCAUGUGACUUUCAGCCCCAACGUGGAGUGCAAAAGCAUGAGGUUUGGCAUGUUGAAGGACCAUCAAGCUGUCACCGGAAAUGUCACUGCUUUUGAUGGAUCCAUUCUCUAUCUACCUGUUAGGCUUCAGCAAGUUCUUGAGUUAAAGAGUCAAAGGAAAACUGACAGUGCUGAGAUCACCAUUAAGAUUCAGUUGACAAAGAUCCUGGAGCCCUGUUCUGACUUGUGCAUUCCCUUCUACAAUGUUGUAUUCCGUCGGGUAAUGAAACUUUUAGAUAUGAAGCUUGUGGGAAGAAACUUCUAUGACCCUACAAGUGCUAUGGUGCUGCAGCAACACAGAUUGCAGAUCUGGCCGGGCUAUGCAGCUAGCAUCCGGAGGACAGACGGAGGUCUUUUCCUGCUAGCGGAUGUCUCCCAUAAGGUCAUUCGGAAUGAUUCUGUGCUGGACAUCAUGCACACCAUGUACUUGCAGAACAAAGAAAACUUCCAGGACGAGUGCACUAAGCUUCUGGUUGGCAAUAUUGUUAUAACCCGAUACAACAAUCGUACCUAUCGUAUUGAUGAUGUGGAUUGGAAUAAGACUCCAAAAGAUAGCUUCACCAUGUCUGAUGGGAAGGAGAUUACAUUCUUGGACUACUACAGCAAAAACUAUGGGAUCACAGUAAAGGAAGAGGACCAGCCACUGCUGAUCCACAGGCCCAGUGAGAGACAGAAUAACCAAGGGAUGUUGCUAAAAAGUGAAAUCCUGCUGCUCCCUGAGCUUUCCUUCAUGACUGGAAUCCCUGAGAAGAUGAAGAAGGACUUCAGAGCAAUGAAGGAUUUGACCCAGCAGAUCAACCUGAGCCCCAAACAGCACCAUAGUGCUUUGGAAUGCUUGCUGCAGAGAAUUUCGAAAAAUGAGACAGCUAACAGUGAACUGACACGUUGGGGACUCUAUCUGCAGAAAGAUGUACAUAAGAUUGAAGGACGUGUUCUGCCAAUGGAAAGAAUUAACUUAAGAAAUAUAUCAUUUAUCACAUCUCCGGAACUAAACUGGAUUAAGGAAGUAACCAGAGACCUUUCCAUCUUGACUGUCCCCUUGCAUUUCUGGGCACUGUUUUACCCAAAGAGAGCAAUGGAUCAAGCCCGAGAGCUGGUGAACAUGUUGGAGAAGAUAGCCGGCCCCAUUGGCAUGCGUAUGAGCCCACCGGCCUGGGUGGAACUGAAGGAUGAUCGCAUAGAGACCUAUGUCAGAACCAUUCAAUCCAUGCUGGGGGUUGAGGGGAAGAUACAGAUGGUUGUUUGCAUCAUCAUGGGUACACGUGAUGAUCUCUAUGGGGCCAUUAAAAAGCUGUGCUGUGUGCAGACUCCUGUACCCUCACAGGUCAUCAAUGUCCGAACCAUUGGUCAGCCCACCAGGCUUCGAAGUGUGGCCCAGAAAAUUUUACUUCAGAUUAACUGUAAAUUGGGUGGUGAGCUCUGGGGAGUGGAUAUUCCUCUGAAACAGUUAAUGGUGAUUGGAAUGGAUGUUUACCAUGACCCCAGCAGAGGCAUGCGCUCUGUGGUUGGCUUCGUCGCAAGCAUCAAUCUCACCCUCACAAAAUGGUAUUCACGAGUGGUAUUCCAGAUGCCUCAUCAGGAGAUUGUGGAUAGCCUGAAGCUAUGCCUGGUGGGCUCCUUAAAGAAGUUUUAUGAGGUGAACCACUGCCUCCCAGAUAAGAUUGUGGUGUACCGUGAUGGAGUAUCUGAUGGCCAACUAAAGACAGUUGCCAGCUAUGAAAUUCCUCAGCUACAGAAGUGUUUUGAAGCUUUUGAGAAUUAUCAUCCCAAGAUGGUGGUGUUUGUAGUGCAGAAGAAAAUCAGCACCAACCUGUACCUGGCGGCCACUGAGAACUUUGCGACUCCCUCCCCUGGGACUGUGGUAGAUCAUACGAUAACAAGCUGUGAGUGGGUGGACUUCUACCUUCUUGCCCAUCAUGUGCGGCAGGGUUGUGGCAUUCCAACCCAUUAUGUUUGUGUUCUCAACACUGCAAACCUGAGCCCUGAUCAUAUGCAGAGGUUGACUUUCAAACUGUGCCACAUGUACUGGAAUUGGCCUGGUACCAUUAGAGUUCCAGCUCCUUGCAAGUAUGCCCACAAGCUAGCCUUCCUGUCAGGACAGAUCUUGCACCACGAACCAGCCAUCCAGCUGUGUGAGAACCUGUUCUUCCUGUGACUGGACAGUCAGGACACGGGCUGGUCAGAGCAGGCAGACUUCUGAACUCAGCUGUGAACUCAUCUGUGCAGGGUCAACAGCAACUGGAAAGGGGUUUGUGUUGGUGUUUGCUGUUUCACCAACCCAGUAGAAUAUCUUUCUUUUCAUUUUCUUUUCUAAGUCUGUUAACACUGAGAAUCAGGUUCCAUCAUAAAUUUCAGCUAGAAAUUGUCUUGUUGCCUUUGUAGAGCAAAUGGAGGUAGUCUGCUGCAGUGUAGAUGGGGUGGGUGAAGAUGGGUGACCCCUUCAGGAGUCUCCAAAGCUGACAGAAGCUGUAGAAACCUGAAGAAGCAGCAAUUACACUUAUAAAAGCAGUUCUCAUUUCUGGUCCAGAGCCGAUAGUGAAUGAAGUCUUUGCAAAGUUCUUAAAGUAGAGAGCUACUUUAUUUGGGCAACUGGAAAGGUAAGAAGGCAAAAUUUCUCAGGAUUUGGCUGUUGCUGGCAAAUGUGAAAGACAUGUCGUGAAACCAGCGGGUGGGUACUCUUCAGGCUCUUGCUGACCUAAUCGUCUCUAGGGAUUGAGUUGAUGAAACAUGACUUGAACUAGCUUUGGAAGGAGUGUUUAGUUAUUUCUUGCCUCCUGAGAGGACAAACGCAGUUUUAUCUGUAUAUUUCAGUUGCUUUAUAGUAUGCAGUGUUGGUUUCUUCCUACCUUCCUCCCCCGACCUCCACCACACACACACAUACCAAGAUACUUUUGCUCCUUGUCCUUGUUACUGACCUUUAGUAAGUUUCAGUUUUUUAAAACUAAAAAUCAGAACAUGUGAAAUUCAGUAGCUUCAAAGGUUCAUGACAGGCCAUGAGCUUUUCUUGACCCUUUCUCUGCUUUCUCUUCCUUUUCUGUUGAUAUGUUUGCAAAUUGAACCACUCACUUCCCUUGCUCAAUACUCUCUUCCCGGCCGUUAGCUCAUUUUGUUAGGAAUUGCUCUGAGUCUGCAUUAAGAUUUCCAGAAGUUAGCUUUGGGAAACAUGACACUCCUUCCAAAGUCCAGACAUUUCAGUUUAGAAAGUUGUCACUGUGCCUGCAAGUUUCAGUGUUUUUUGUGUGUGUGUUUAUUUUUCUCCUGUUUAAAAAUCUUCCAGUCCCUUCAGGGCUAAUUCAGUCUUACCUUGUUUUAUCUAGAUUUUUAAAAGCUAGUUUUAUUUAACAUUUUGGAAUUUGUAUUUAUUUGUGUGUGUAUUUUAUUUAUUAAGUUUUUUGUGUGAUGGCAGGGAGGGAUGACGCAGAAAUCCUCAUUUUAUAUGACAGUGUGUGAGAAGAGAAACUUUAGCUUAAAACUCCUUAGAUGAAUAAAACCAACCUAGCAUUGCGUUGGCUGCAGCAUGAAGCAGAGGCUGAGCAGCCGUGGGGGUCAGUGGUCUCAUGUGCACUUCUGGUUCCACGCGGAGUGAGGGACAGCGAAGGGCUGAGACCUGGGGUUUAAACACUGCAGAAUCAGGCACAUUGGAUCACUGGUUUUGAUCAAACAGUUCUCCAAUUCUCUUUGGAAGCAUUUUGAAUUUCUCUUUUGAAGUUAGGUUUCCUAAUUCACAUUUCUUCACUUUUUCCUCCUGGUUUUCUUUCCUUGUUUUUUCAGUCUUAAUGUGAAAUGACUGGGUCAUGGGGUAGAAAAUAAAAAGAAAUUUGUAUAAA